AUGCUGGAAGAACCUGCUGUCCAGGACUUGGUCCUUGAGAGCUUUUCAAGCUGUCACUUCUGGUCAGAGCAGGAUAUCUCUGCUGCUCACGGCUUUUCCUUUUCUCCAGGGCUUACUGCAAAGGAUGCUGUGACCUUCCCCCAAGUAGCUGUAAGCUUCUCCCAGGAUGAGUGGCUGUGCCUUAACCCCUCUCAGAAGAAUCUCUACAGAGAAGUGAUGCUAGAGACCUACCAGCACCUUCGGGACAUAGGGCAUUGUGAGGUGAAGCCUGCGCUGAUCUCCUGGUUGGAAGUAAGAGAUCUUGGAACGCUGCAGAGAGGCAUGUUUCCAGAUGGUGGACCACAAGUUCCGAUAGUGGCAUUUCAGCAAUUUGCUUUUGGAAUGGAAUAUCCAAAAAAAUAUGAGAUGAGAAACAGCCAGACUCUGUUGGAUGGAGCUGAUCCUGUUCUGUGUGCCUCAGUCUGGAGGAAAUCGUCCUGCUCAUAUCCCAAUGCGAGUGAAGAAUCAGGGGGCAUCUGUUGUGGACUGGACCAGCGUGAAGAGAGAUUUCUUACGCCAGAGCCAGUGACCACUGUGCAAAACUCCCCUGAAUCUGCUCUGCCCAUUCCCUGGACUCAGACCCGCACAAUGGGACCAUCCAGGGAAAGGCGAACAACAGUGUUUGCUCUCAGCCCCUCACAGUCUCAGGCUAACCAGCACAUUACCCGUAGAGUGGAACCACCUGAGUGUAAGCAAUGUGGGGGGGACUUUGUGUGUACCCUGCACCUUGAAGUUUCCUCAGACACCCUCACUACAAAUGAUAUCUCUGAGGGUCUUCAGAGUGGAUAUGCCCUGAUUCAAACUUCAUGCCAAAGAGACACUAAGGAAGUCCAGCCAAGAGAGAAGCAAAAUACAAGUCAGGAGUGUGGGAAGGUAGUUUCUCAUUCCUCAAAACGUAGUAAGCACAAGAGAUUUCAUACAGGAGAGAGACCUUAUACAUGUCAGGAGUGUGGGAAGGCCUUCUCUCAAUCCUCAGGACUCUUUAUUCACAAGAAAAUUCAUACUGGAGAGAAACCUUAUACAUGUCAGGAUUGUGGAAAGGCCUUCUCUCACUCCUCAGGACUCUAUCUUCACAAGAAAAUUCAUACUGGAGAGAAAUCUUAUACAUGUCAGGAGUGCGGAAAGGCCUUCACUCAAUACCCAAGUCUUCAUAAACACAAGAAAAUUCAUACUGGAGAGAAACCUUAUGCAUGUCAGGAGUGUGGGAAAGCCUUCAGUCACUCCUCAAACCUUAAGAGUCAUAAGAAAAUUCAUACUGGAGAGAAACCUUAUGCAUGUCAGGAGUGUGGGAAAGCCUUCAGUCACUCCUCAAACCUUAAGAGUCAUAAGAAAAUUCAUACUGGAGAGAAACCUUAUACAUGUCAGGAGUGUGGGAAGGCCUUCACUCAACCCUCAGGUCUUCAUAAACACAAGAAAAUACAUACUGGAGAGAAACGAUAUACAUGUCAGGAGUGUGGGAAGACUUUCACUUUAUCCUCACAUCUUAUUAGGCACAAGAAAAUUCAUACCGGAGAGAAACAUUAUACAUGUCAGGAGUGUGGGAAGGCCUUUACUUGUUCCGCUAACCUUAAUAGGCACAAGAAAAUUCAUACUGGAGAGAAACCUUAUACAUGUCAGGAGUGUGGGAAGGCCUUCACUCAACCCUCAGGUCUUCAUAAACACAAGAAAAUUCAUACUGGAGAGAAACCUUAUACAUGUCAGGAGUGUGGGAAAGCCUUCACUCACUCCUCAAACCUUAAGAGUCACAAGACAAUUCAUACUGGAGAGAAACCAUAUACAUGUCAGGAGUGUGGGAAGGCCUUCUUUCAAUCCUCAGGACUCUAUCUUCACAGGAAAAUUCAUACUGGAGAGAAACCUUAUACAUGUCAGGGGUGUGGGAAGGCCUUCACUCACUCCUCAAACCUUAAUAGGCUCAAGAAAAUUCAUACUGGAGAGAAGCGUUAUACAUGUCAAGAGUGUGGGAAGGCCUUCUCUCAAUCCAGGACUCUAUCUUCACAAGAAAAUUCAUACUGGAGAGAAACCUUA